CGAUUAUUGGUUAAAUAAUAUUUUUUGUAAUAAUACAAUAAAUUAUUCAAUUUAUAAUAUUUUAAUAUUAUAAUAUGGUCAGUUUCAGCUUCAGAAACUCCAAAAACAAAAACGCAGCUACACAACUGACACCGAAUGAGCUGAUUGGAUUUGUAUAUGCGUUGGAAAGUGAUCAGAAGAUCAUGCUGAAGGAGAUAAAACAGAGAUUUCUGGAAGAAACUGCCGAAAACACCGAACUUUUCGAUGAUCUCUUCUUCGUCAAAUUUUUGAGGGCUAGACAAUUUGAUUUAAAUAAAACAGUUUUAAUGUUAAAUAAAUACUUCACCUGGAGAAAACAAAUUAACCUAACACAUGUUCUCAAGAUGAACUUGACUAAUAUAAGGGACACGUUGAAGAUGUAUUAUCCGCAUGCGUUUUAUGGAAUUGAUAAGCUUGGGAGACCAAUUAACAUUGAACGCAUGGGACAAUCUGACAUCACCAAACUCAUCAACGCAAUCAAUCAUGAACAUCUAACCUUUUAUUACAUACAACGUUUUGAAUACUUGAUACAUGUGGUAUUACCAUCGUGUUCGUUAUUUAGUGGUAAGAAUGUGGAGCAGAUAUUGACGUUGGUGGAUUUGAAGGGUUUUCAGAUGCAUCAGAUCAAUUCAAAGUUCCGCUGUUUCUUAUCAGCAAUGUCAAGUUUAACCCAAAACUAUUACCCGGAAACACUGGGAAAAUUAAUAUUUGUUAACGCUUCACCCGUUUUUACAGCCAUUUGGGCCAUAAUUUCAACCCUGGUGGAUAAAAAGACACUGUCUAAAAUUAGCGUAGUCUCAGCUAAAACUGAUUUAAAAUCCAAAAUACUCGAAAUCGUAGAUGAAGAUCAAUUACCACAGUUCCUAGGUGGUACACGUAGUGAUGAGAAUUGGUGUACGACGCCGUUUGGUCCAUGGAAUGAUGAGUCGAUAUUACAUAAAUUAAAGCAAAGAACUUAUAUACAAGAAGAUUUAUACAAUUUAGAAUAUCUCUAAUUUUAUCACACACAAUAC